GUGUGACUGUAUCGGCGGAUGAAAUCAAGAAGGGUUUCAGGAGAGCGUUCGCGGAGCCAUGGCCUCACGGUCUGAGAUACGAGGGAGACGGGCGGCCGUUUUGGCGGCAUGCAGUGGCCAUGGCAACAGGCUCGGACAACCAGGAGUUGUUCGAAGACCUCUACCAGCACUACGAGAAGGCGUCAGCAUGGAGGGUGGCAGAGGGAGCAGUGGAUUCUCUCUUGAGACUCAAACAAGCCAAUGCAACUCUCAACUCGUGUGUAUCUAUCUGCCAUCUCUUCCGUUUCUUUACCCCCACCAACCCCGCACUGGCCAUCCCCUCCUACCCCUUCCUCCAUCCCCUCUCCUCCCCACCGUUUCUGUUGCUUUUCCACAACAAGCAACUGGGCGUGUCAUCUCCCAGUCGAACAGUGCACGUGGGGGAUGAUGCAGUGAAUGGCUUAGAAGAGGCCCCAAAGGAACUAGGAGUGUAUUCUCCCGGUCGAGCGGUGCAUGUGGGGGAUGAUGCAGUGAACGACCUUUCUCACCUCCCCCAUCACUUCUCAUCUCCCAGUUGCGCAGUGCAUGUGGGGGAUAAUGCAGAAAUAGGAGUGUCUUCUCCCGGUCGCGCGGUGCAUGUGGGGGAUGAUGCAGUUAACGACUUACAAGGGGCCAUGGAUGCUGGCCUGCAUGCAUGGUGA